ACAGAAUGACACAAGCAUCUUAAAGCCUUCUGUUUGCAUACCUUUUGGAUACUUUUCGAAAAUUUUGGGAAGCGUUGGAAAAACGGCGCGACCCCCGAAAUUCUAAAUUUUUGUGUAUUGCCUUCAGUUAAAGGACCCAUUGACUAUGGCCAAGCUGGGGUCCAUCCUCGCGCGAAGUGCUGCUCAUCUCAGCGAGCAUCGCCACCUUUUGAACCAGGCCUUCAUAUUCACCCAUCAGCGGAGCAGGGUCAAAGUUCGCCGAAACCACUGUUGCGGAAUGAAGGUGGUGCCAUCUCGCGCGGAGCACUUAAAUGCACUAAAGGCCGAGGAGUUCGACGUUCUGGUCAUCGGAGGAGGAGUCGUGGGUUGUGGUUGCGCCGUCGACGCCGCGUGUCGUGGUCUUAAAACAGCCUUAAUUGAGGCCGAGGAUUUUGCGAGCGGCUCCAGUUCGCGAACCAGUAAGCUGAUCGAUGGCAGUGGUUCAUAUUUGGGCACUGCCCUGCGGGAGAAGGAUGUCGAGCAGCUGUACAUAAUGCUGCAAAUGAUGAGUGAGCGGGUGACCAUGCUAAAGAACGCUCCGCACCUGAACCGCAUCCAGCCAAUGAUCAUACCCAUCUAUAGUUUUUUGCAGAUGCCCUGCACCUGGCUGGGAUUGAAGGUCUACGACUGGAUAUCUGCAGCCUCGAAUAUCCGCGGAUCGCACAUCAUCUCCAGGGAGGCCACCAUGUAUGAGUUUCCGCUCCUAAAAACCAAUGGCCUUCGCGGAGGUGUCGUCUACUAUGACAGUCAGGUGGACGAUGCCCGGAUGUGUGUCGCACUGGUGAUGACCGCGGUGGCCCUGGGUGCCAAUGUGUGCAACCACAUGGAGGUGGUGGAGAUCAUGCCACAGGAGGGCUGCUGCCGAGUUGUAAGCGUCAAGGACAGGAUCUCCUGCGAGCAGUUCUACAUCCAGUCCAAGGCGGUGAUCAAUGCCACAGGGUCCAGCACGGAUGCCAUCCGGCAGAUGGACAAGGAGGGAACAGCUCCGAUUCUGUUGCCCACUCUGGGAACCCAAGUCUCCCUGCCCCGCUACUUUGGUUCCGGACACUACGGCUUGCUGAGUCCGGCUCAGAAGAGUGAUGAUCUCACUAUAUACAUGGUACCAUUUGAGAGCCACAUGGUUCUAGGCACUCGCGAAGUGGAGCUGGACGAAGUGUCCGGCCGUGGAAGUCCCACCCCCGAGCCAGAUGACGUGGACUGUCUGCUGGAGGCAGCCAAGACUAGGAUGGAUCCCUGCGUGGAGCUGGGCCGCUGCCACGUUCUCAGCGCCUGGACGGCCAUCAAGGCCAGUGUGAGCUGUCCUAGUGACCAAGAGAAUGAUGAUAAGCGUGGAUCACCGAUCAACAGCUAUAUGAUCGAGGUCAGUGCCGACGGUCUCAUCACGCUGGCCGGCGGACGCUGGAGCAGUUACCGCGUCAUGGCAGCCGAUGCCGUGGAUUUGGCGAUUAAAUCUUGUGGGUUAUGCGACGAUCAUGUGACCUCCAGUUGGACACAGGACCUAAAGUUAGACGGAGCCGAAUCGUGGUGUUGCAUGUUGCCGCUGGAAUUCGUGCAGGACUACGCUGUGCCCAUGGACGUGGCGCACCAUAUAUCCGAUUCCUAUGGGUACAAUGGACAUGCAUUGUUCUCUCAGGCUCCCGAUCUGAAGAAGCGCCUUCAUCCGAGCUUCCCCUAUAUCGAGGCAGAGGUUCAGUAUGCCAUGCGCAAUGAGUACGCCUGCACCCUUGUGGACAUCAUCGCACGGCGCCUGCGCAUAGCCUUCGUGGAUGCGGCCGCCACGCUGCACAUGCUGCCCAGAAUCCUCAAGAUCAUGGCCGCGGAGAAGGAUUGGGACGAGGAGCAACAAAGGCAACAGAUGAUGGCGGCCCAGGAGUUUCUGGUGCGCCAGAUGGGUCUAGGCUCAAUAGUCCAACCGCGGAGCACUAGCAAGAGCAAGCCGAAAAAGAAACCCUCCUCGGAGGGAUGUUGCUGCCGGGCGGCAGUUCGCAGGGGAGCCAGGAGCUACUCCAUGUCCAGCGUGUACUUGCCCCUUAUGACUCAUAAGCUCUUGGCGCAAUAGCCAACGUUUCGUUGAGUGUGGGUCUUUCUAUGCCAUUAAAUGAAGUUCGCAACAAUACAGUUUUAAAUGGAAAACUAAAGAUCAUGCAGCUGAUA